AUGGCGCGCGGAAAAAACAAUACCAAAGACAAGCUGCGCCUGCGCCGGACUGUGGGCUUCUUCUCUAUGCGACUCUCUUCUUUUCCGCCCCCUCCCCUCUGGCGGCUACUUCCGGCCCUUGCUGAUGGCAUCAUUGAGUGGGGGGAACUACCCUUUCCGGGGCGUGGCAGAGGCGAGAGUUCAGCCGGAGUUCUCCUUGUAUGCACGUGCUUGGUGCCAUGGACCUCUCGAUGUGGUACCCGCCGCCGCCUCCUCCGCCUCCUCUCUCUGCGACGGCGGCCGUGUUGGCGGGGCCGUCCUCCUCGGUGCACUGGGGGCCCAGGAGGUGACUCGCCUCACCGCACGCCGCCGCCGCCGCCACCAGGCAGAAGUUGCUACUUCAGUGAAGCAUGGCCAAAGAAACACACUGGAUUGCCACCAGCUCAAGCUUAUCAAGGCAGGAACUACAAACAGAAGAAAAAGAAAAGAAAGGAACCAGUUUUUACUCAUUAUUGUGAUACAUGCGAUCGUGGCUUUAAAAACAAGGAGAAAUAUGAGGAACAUAUCUCUCAGCACCGGCAGUGUACAGAAGAUGGUUGUAGUUUCAGCGCACAUGAAAAAUUGGUUCAGAUCCACUGGAAAAAUAUGCAUUCUCCUGGUGUCAAAAGAAUAAAAUUGGACACACCCGAGGAAAUUGCUAAAUGGAGGGAAGAAAGAAGAAAAAAUUAUCCUACUUUGGCAAAUAUUGAAAAGAAGAAACUACAAGAGAUGGAAAAGGAACAGCGGGGAGAGGUACUUAAAACACAGCAGUUUGGAAAAAUGAAGGGAAUGUGGAAGCCACCUCAAUCUGAGCAUUCUAAGCAACAAAGCAGAGGAAGAAAGCACAGAAAUCGCUUCUGGAAAAAAUCUAGGAAUGUGCCUAAAGAUAAAGUUCUCACACCAAAUGCUCCAACUUCAUCAACAACUGAUCCAGACACAACUGAGGAGGAGGUUCGAAAAGAGCAUUCUGGAGAAGCACACAUUUCUGUGAGAGAUGUAGAUCCCCUUAGCAUUCUGGCCAUGAAUGAUCCUGAUUCAGACAAAGAAGUAGGAUCUGCAAAUGAUAAAUCUCUGGGAAUUAGUGUAGUUCCAAAGCAAGUGACUUCAGCUCUGAGCUCGCUGGUGUCCAGCUAUGGAAGCAUGUCAGAGAGUGAAAGCGAACAAGAAGAGCCAAGCAAGAGUGCAACAAAAACACUUAAAGAAAACCAAGUGAUUCGCAGAAGUAUCUCUCAGUCUUCAAAUGUCCCUCAAAGCUUUAAAGACACAGGCAAGAAAACAGCUGCUAAUUCUACAGAUGCACUACUGUGGAGGCCAGAUCCAAACAGAGUCCACGCCAGUGGUCCAAACCGGCAGAGAAAAGCUCUUUCUGUAGUACCAAACCGCCGACGCCGUCCAACUCUAUUGGAAAUGCUGUUGGCAAAGGACAUACGACAUGAAAGGAAUGUGAUUCUGCAGUGCAUUCGCUAUAUACUCCGGACUGGUAUCUUUGGACUCCAUUCACAGACUGAUAGAACAACUCACUUGGAGCCCAGACAGUCUUCUCACAAUGUGGAAGAACUACUGGCAGACAGGCCUAAUGAAAUGAACAGUUCUCAUAGUUCUUCCACUGACCUAGCAAAACCGAAUGAAUUAUUUGGAGGUCAGAACAAGGAGUCAUCUUUUGAAACUCAGAUAUCACAGAGUUUGCAUGCUGAUGAUGAGGAGAUCUGGGAAACUACAGAAAUGUGUAUCAAAGAGAACUGACUUUUUUAUUAUUUUUAUUAUCAUGGGUAAUGGAAAGGAUGCAUUGUCCACUUUAGGAUAUUUGCCUAAAGAACCCAACCUGAAUUUUCUGUCAGAAUUUAUCUAAAAAUAAACCUGCCCUUUUGCUAGAAACUUGCA